UAUUAGUAGUCAUAAUGUGGGUACCAUGUAUUAGUAGUCAUAAUGUGGGUACCAUAUAUUAGUAUUCAUAAUGUGGGUACCAUAUAUUAGUAGUCAUAAUGUGGGUACCAUAUAUUAGUAGUCAUAAUGCGUGUUCACCCUUCAUAUAGUAGUUAUAAUGUGUGUAUCCCACACUAUAGCAUUCAUAAUGUGGGCACCCUAUACAGUAGCCACACCCUCUCCAUCACACCAGUGCUAAAUAGCCCCGUCGAUUCCAGCGCUUGGCCCCAGGCCAAGUUCUCAUUCUCCCUCCCAGCCAAGGUCGCUAGAUAUAGCGUCCUCCAGUACCCGCAUAUCAAGCAUGCUUCCAUUAUUACACCCUUGCCAUCAUUCAUUUUUCAGAACCUUUUAUCUCGUAUAAUGCAUAAACUUAUCAUUUCUUGAAGAUUGCAUCUUAGGUGUUUCAUAUUUAUAAGGACAGUCUUAAGUUUACUUUGGUCUGCUACUGUACUAUUCUCCGAGUAUUCUAAUAUAUGGUAGAUAAACUCCACAUUUGUCUUCCUCAUUAGACAAACACCUUAUGACAGUCCGCAGUAUUUUUAUCCGUAAUAGAACUAAAAUGAUUUUGGUCUUUUGGGUGGAAAUUAAUAUGGAGCUGCCUCGUAUGGACCAGUAGGCUUUCCACAGUUACUGUUGUUCCUAAUAUAAUGUCAUAUAUAUAAUAUGUUCUUCUAUCCUUCCCAAAACAAUAAAUUUGUCACUUUCAAUGACAGCUGUGACACAGUUCAUCGUAUAUUACCUCGCGUGUUUUGACACAAAUAUUGUCUAAAUUCGUGAGGAAAUUCGUCAUUCUUUGGUGAAUAAACUCUGAACAAAAAGUAAGUGAGCUGACAGAUCAAGGCGUGUCAGUCUGUUUAGAUGAUGACGUAACACACACACCUGUUAUUAUUUUGCUUUAUUCUAUUACAACACAUGUCUGGCUUUUGUUUUUUCUUCACACAGAUGGGUCCAGGAGCAGAAGCCUUCUGACUUUUGUUAGCAGGAUGCGGGUUUUUCCCUUUCCAUAGCCUAUUAGUUUUCCCCUGGAACGCGAGCCGCCAAUCAGUUAAAAAUCAGUGUCGGCCUCCAUCUGUAACUGAAACUUCUGCGCCUCCAACUCAAGACGCUUCAGUGCUAAAUAAAGCGACCAGACUAUGCUCGCCAAAGCAGCGGCUAAUUCUCAAGAUGAAUUCAUUAAGUCUACAACCCGUCCACGUCAUCAAGGACGAAAUACUAGCUAAUCCAGCCGCCAAUUCCCUAUUUAUGAGUGAAAAACACUUCACACACAAGCGGACGAUGAGUCACAAUAAAGGGGUUGAAGAUAUGAUGUCCAAACUACUCAAUUAAGAAACGACGACGUUUUCACCAGUCCCAGACCAUUAUCAAGUCGUAAUGUGUGGCUCGGGACCCCGGAGGCUGCAGAUGAUGACCGCCACAACACACCAGCUGCUGCUGCUCCUGCUGCUGCUGGGAACGUUACUUCCUGUCCAGUGUAAGACGAUCCUUCACCUCGCUCACUCUUCUCUUAGUGCAGCACCACUAGGCACCCUCUGGCCUGUACCUCAGUGUUGGACUCUGCUAAGGAGACGGGGAGAGCAUCCAGGUGCUGGAGUUCCAGAAGGAUGGAGUGGCGAGUCUGUCAACAAUGGCGGUGUACAGAGGCAAGUUGGACCGGGCCUGGAGGAUGGCCUCCCUGAGCCUCUGCUGCCGCUUCAAGCUCUUCUUCCUACACACCAGAGCCACCGUACUCCAGCUCGGGGACACAGUCGACGACCGAGGAUUCCAGUUCAGGGCCGGUGGUACCAGCUGUGCCUCACCUACGACCACCUGGAGCACGCUUACAACACCUUCAUGAACGGGGAGCUGGUCUACAAACUCACCUACAACGUGGAGGGUGAGAUCUAUGGCGACAACGCUCGGCUCGGCCAGGGGGACCUCCCUAGUGAGAGCUUCAGUGGCGCACUUUCCCAGGUAAAUAUGUGGGACUCUGUACUGAGCAGGAACGCCAUAGCUAGCAUGGCUGCGUGUAAGAGCGAUCUUCAGGGUAACUACAUCUCCUGGGAGGCCGGGUGGGAACUUCAUAACGUCACAGAGUACGACGCCUCUAUGGAGUCCUUCUGCCAGCCCAGUACAUACACGAAUUACUUUGGGUUCCCUGAAUUGCCACAGGCUCACGCCUUUUAUAUAUGUGAGGCAUUGGGCUCUCAUCUGCCUCUGCCAACCACAAUGAAAGAGGUGACCUUCUGGUACAACCUUUCGUACCAAGUGUGGCCUCAUCAGGACAACUUGACCUUGUGCAGUGACUUCCUGUGGUCUUCCAUCACUGAUGCCAACCACGACGGGACUUGGGUCACUCACUACGAUAACGCCCUCGCUCCUACCGUGGCCUGGAAAGUUGGCGAGCCCAACGGCUUGGUCUAUGAGAAUUGCGCCGUGAUUGAAAAACUCGGCUUGUCGGAUAUUGUCUGUGCCACGAGCAAAUGGUGCGCGAUAUGUGAAUUUUCUGAUCUGCAUGUCUUCACCUUGUUAGGUACUUGUGAGCUAGAAGAACACAACCUCAACUUCAUCGCCUACCAGGAAGGUCUGGGAGAUCUUUAUUUCAAGGGAUAUGGAGCGUACCACAUCAAGAAGGUGGAGGGAGAAUGGUUGUGGAUCAACGUGGUAGAGAACAAGACUCUGGCCAGACUAGACGUCGACGCGCCCUUCAACAUGCCCAUGGGCCGUCGGGUCUGGCACCUCGAGUCACCAGUGUGUAACCAACGAGAAGGUCCGCGGACCCUGGUGCUCACGCCUUGCGGACCGGACAGUUACUCUUGCGAUGACGCCACCUGCAUCCCUCACCAGAAUCGAUGCGAUCAAAAAUACGACUGUCUGGACCACAGUGAUGAGGUCGCCUGUGAGAUCAUUGGAAAGCCUGAGGAUUACAAGGAAGAUAUACCUCCACUGCCGGGCAGUGAUAAAGUGGGCACGAGUCUACCAAUAACUGUCAACGUGACAAUCGAGUCCAUCACCAUCCAUACCACCCAAAUGACCAUGCAAAUGUCAUACAAGAUUCAGAUGAUUUGGUUUGACAAUCGUCUCGUUUAUCGUAACCUGAAGACUAACGAGACCUUCAACAAGGUGAAUUACACGAGCAUGUUGAGCCUCUGGUUACCGACCUUGAGGUUCGUCGGUACAGAGGGACAUCGACACACGACGGUAGACCAAGAAGCCUCACUACACGUCCAGCGACUUCGCCCUCCGAACCGAAGGGACAACACCGUCCCCCGCGAAGUGGACCUGUUCUCUGGUGAGGAGAACUCUCUGAUCCUCUCCAGGAAGUACACCACCGCCUUCACCUGUGACUUCGACCUGGUGCUCUACCCUUUCGACGUCCAGUACUGCGACAUGCGCUUCCGAAUGCUUUCCGGCUCCAAGGACUACCUCAUUUUCGAGGAGGCGGCAUCCUCCGCCACCUACCAUGGCAGUACCCUGCUGCUGGAGUACGAGCAGAUCAAGCAGCCAAAGCUUUUCUACGACAACAGUAAAGAGUUCAGUGAGAUGCUGGUUGAGAUCACACUCCACAGACGCGCCGGUUAUGCCAUCCUGAACAUCUACACGCCCUCCUUGAUCCUCCUAAUGAUCAGCUAUGUCACUCUCUUCUUCCGUCCCCACGUCCUUGAGGCGCGCAUCAUGACCACCCUCACAGCCCUCCUGGUCUUGGCUACACUCUUCGCACAGGCCUCUGAGACGCUGCCCAAGACGUCGUACGGCAAGAUGGUGGACGUGUGGCUCCUCUUCUGCAUCGUCAUGAGCUUCAUUAUAAUCAUCUUCCACACCAUGAUUGACCAAAGCCUCAACAAAGCCGAAGUGUUCCCUCCUGCAGCGCCGACGAAGGUGUGCCCGCCUCUCGUCAACAGCCUCACUCCACCCGACACCACCAGCCUAACCGUCUCCUCCAAGAGCCUCAUCCUUAUCUCUCGCUCUAGCCUCAUCGUCAUCUUUGCUGUCUUCAAUAUUAUCUAUUGGUCGUAUAUAUUUGGGUAAUCUGCCAGUGUGUUCUCUCGAUUUGUCACGCCGUAAGAAAGGCAUCUGUUUGCUUAACCAGAAAGGUACAAACCCAAGCAUCACACCUAACAUAGAGAGCAAUGCACGGAAAACGUCAGUUUUAAAGCUCUUCAAGUUUUGAUUAAAACAUCGUAUUUUCAUUGAUUGGUCGAUUCCGCUAAAAAUGCGAUGUAUUAAGUGAGAGGACAGGUUGUUACGAGCUUAUGGAUUGAAUAAGAUAUAAAUGGUAAGGUUAUUUGAUUGUACGAAAUGGUUGAUAUGUCUGAGGCUGGUACUUGUUUUAAUUAUUUCUUGAUCUUUGAAGGCUUUCUAUCUCCUAUACUUUGUCUCGAGAUUGUUAUUUUCUAACUGUUUGACUUUGUAUCAAGCAAGAAGAGUCUUAAAUGUUUGUGAUGAGACUGUUAUCAACGAUGAUAGCUUAUUCAGAUAUAUUAAUAAUAAUAUAAUAAUACUAAUUUAUUUGCAAGUAGGUACAAUGAGUUGGUGAGAUUACAUAGGAUUGGUAUUUUUACAUUCAUGAAAGCUACUAACAUGUAUAGUGUUUCUGGUGUUUGGGGCAUAUAUAUUCAUAUAUGUUGUUGAUGAACUGUAACUCUGUAGCCUAGUGGUGACUCGUGGUAUAAAUGUCAUAUAUAUAUACAUUAAUUUACAAAGGAAAAACUACAUUACAUAGAGUUUAUAUAAUUAUCAAUAAGCAAUGUUUCAUAUCACCACAGAGCAUGAGCCUUAAACCCCAAAUGUUAUACAGUACUUUAUCCUGCCUCUUUCUUGCAUUUUAUGUCAAUAUAAAACAUUAAAAACCCUUUAAAUCCACUCUAAUUCUUGGGCCACAUAAUGCUUCAUGAGUAUCUUCAAUCCAGUUUACAAAAACAACUUUUUGCUUACAAAAAUAAAAUAUGCAUAUUCUCAUUUUCAGUACAUUGGUCACUUCCAUUGUUGUUUCUAAUGCUCAACAUCAACAACCCAUCAUUAGUAGGGAGCGUCUCAAGAAUAUAUCUAUACAAUCGAGGACGAAAUAUGGAGGGAUAAGAGACCCAGAUUGCUUCAUUAUUUCUUAAUAGUACAUUUUCUGCGAGAAUAGGGAGG